AUGAUAAAACACCAGCUGGUUGAUAAACCCUUUUCUGGUUCCAAAUUGCGUACCCCUGAAAGCGACACCGUUUGCGCGAGAUGUCCAGAAGGAUAUUUCUCUAGUGAUAGAUCAUCCAAAGCUGCUUGUCAAAUGCACACUAACUGCAGCGCCCUGAGUCUCAAAUUGGUCCAGAAGGGGGACUCCACACAUGACAAUGUGUGCCAGGGAGAAGACAGUAACAGAUUGGAUCAGUCAUGUGGAAUCGAUGUCACCUUGUGUGAAGAAGCGUUCUUCAGGUUCAUCGUGCCCAAAAAGCUAUCUUCCACCUGGCUGAGCACCCUCAUGGACAGCCUGCCUGGGGUGAAGAUCAAUCUUGAAAACAGAGAAAUAAUUAAACAGAAGAGCAGCCUGCAAGAUCAGACCUUCCAGCUGCUGAAGCUGUGGAAAGAGCAAAAUAAGGACCAUCGUACAGUCAAGAAUAUUGUCCAAGGUAUCGAUCUUUGUGAAAAUAGUGUUUUAAAGCACAUUGGCCAUCUCAACAUCACCCUUGAGCAACUCAAUACCCUGAUGGAAAAUUUGCCAGGGAAAAAUGUCGGCAGAGAAGAAAUUGAACAGAUUUUUGGGAUGUGCCAAUCCACAGAGCCAAUUCUGAAGCUCUUGAAUUUGUGGAGGAUAAAAAAUAAAGACCAAGACACCAUCAAGAGUUUGAUGUUUGGACUGAAGCAUCUGAAAUCAUACCACUUCCCCAAAACAACAAUUCAAGGUUUUCGGAAGGUGGUGAAAUUCCUCCACAGCCCCACGAUGCAUAGAUUAUACCAGAAGCUUUUCUUAGAAAUGCCAGGAAACCAGAUCCAUUUGGUAAAAAUGAGACGUGGGUAGUUUUAAGUUCUCUGAUCUUUCAUUUGCCACUUGCUGCUAGCAAUAAUUAAAUGGGGGAGGGGAAAUGUUUUCCAAUAUGAUAAUGCUUAUUUAUAUUUAUGUCACAGACUGGGAUAGCUUAGACUAUCUUAUAAUUUUUGUUGUUGUUUUGUAACAUUAAAAUGCUUACCUGGAUUCUGACUCCAUCCAAGAAUUCCAGUGAAUUCCAUGGACAUAGAGAGAAAUAAUAGCAAAAAAAAAAAAAGUUUAAAAAAAGCAUCCCGAUUUGCUAUUUAUAUUAAUUUGAAAUCUAAAUUGUUGCAUGUAUUUAUUACCUUCAUUGGCAACUAUUUGAGAUUAAGUGCUGAAGCAGAUGACCACUUGUUAUAGAAUCAUAGGGCUGGAAGGGAACUUGGAGGUCUUCUAGUCCAACCCCCCCCCCUGCCCAAGGCAGGAGUCCAUCCCAGACAAACCAUGCCAUUGUUCAAACAUUUAUAGCCCACUCUGUACUAAUGGCCCUAAAACUUUAUUUUCCAGUCCUUCAGAGUCUCUAGUGUGGUGUCAUUGAAAUUCAAUAUCAAAUCAAUAAGAGAUUUUCUCUUCAAUUUCAAGCAAAGAAAAACAAAUCCUGCCAUGCAUGCAAAUGUGCGUUAGGCAUCUUAAAUGCGACAUCCUUCCCCUCUUUAUCCCUACUUAUAUGAUAUCAUGGUGUCGGUGGCCUUUGCUGUCCUAGGCUCCUGCAAAUGCAAAUCCACAAUAGAGGAAAUGCAUAGUUCCAUUUGCAUAAAGAGGCCAGUGGCCAUUCAUCCUCUACUAUAGGGGUGUCAAACACAAGGCCCAGGGGCCAGAUCCGGCCCAUGGGGUACGUCGAUCUGGCCCGCGGGGUCGCC